AUGUAUAAGCCCUUCCUUCAGUGCCAUAAUGGCGGUGAUGGUGGUGAGGCUGUUGCAGUUUCUGUGUUGGUAUUCCGUGACAGUGGUGGUGGUAAUGGUGUCGGACCUCUAAAUGGACUUGACCUCGAAUUCGUGGAUGACCACGGUCGCCAACUUGACCUACAUCUGAGCGAAAUGCUGACUUUCGGUGGCAGGAGUAGCCCUGCAGCCCAGGAAAUUCAACUGCCCGCCUCUAUGUACUCCUUCCUGGUCACCGAGUCAGAA